GUACGCGUUGACGUUGACUGGGCUCUUCCCCUCUUUCUCUGGUUUCAUUCGGCAAGCUAAGUUCGAUCUGGAUCUAUCCUUCUACCCAGCAAGCCAAGUGCAGGAGAUGGAGUCCCUAAUCGAGCACAUCUUCCGGCCGCUGCAGCAAAUUUUCACGCGCACAGUCGGCUACAUCCUGUUCUGCGACUACUACGUCGGCCAGCUCCGGGGCGAUGCCAGGUGGUUGAGGAGUCAGCGCGACGACGUGCGCAAGGAAGUGAGCUUGGCGGAGAGGCAGGGGAUGGAGGCGACCAACCUGGUAAGCCAGUGGCUGGACGCCGCUGCGUCGCUGCUGCUUCGCGCCGAUGACAUCGUCGCCGAGUUACCAAGGGAGGGAGCCGGCGGGUCCUCGCUAGGCCGGCGAGCGGCAUACCGCCUGAGCAAGCGGGCCGACGACGCGCGGGCGGAAAUUGUCACCCUCCUCGAGCAAAGAUCUACCUUCGAGAGAGUGGCCGACGCGCCCGUGUUCGUCCGCACCGAGAUGCUCCCGGUGACGACCCCGUUGAUUGGCCUAGAUGCCCUCCUGGCGCGGCUCGGUGAUGCCUUCCAGGUGGAUGCCGGGAGCGGCGUCAUCGGCAUAUACGGCAUGCCGGGCGUCGGUAAGACCACUCUGCUGCGCCACUUCAACAACACCUCCCUCUCGGCGGUCGCGGUGUCCAUGGACAUACACCUCAUCAUCUACGUGGAGGUCACCGAGCACUACAGCGCGGCCGCGGUCCAGAGGGCGAUCGGGGCUCGCCUGGGUCUCCGGUGGGACGACGAGAGGACCACCAAGGAGAAGGCGCUCGCCCUGUUCGCCUACCUCCACAAAUGGAACUUCGUGCUCCUCCUGGACGACGUGUGGGAGCCACUGAACCUCGCGGAGAUCGGGGUCCCCGUCCCCGGCCGCCAAGGGAGGAGCAAGGUCCUGCUCACGACGCGGCUCGAGCAGGUGUGCGACCAGAUGGACGUGGCAAUGAAGAUCAAGGUGGAGUGCCUGGAUGGCAACCACUCCUGGGAGCUGUUCGAGCACAAGGUGGGCAACGUGCUGAGCAGGGAGACCAGGCCUCUAGCUCAGGCCAUGGUGUCGCGGUGCGGUGGCCUUCCACUUGCUCUCAUCACAGUCGCGCGGGCCAUGGCCUGCAAGAGGCUGACACAGGAGUGGGAUCAUAGCAUGUCGGUGCUCAAUCUGGCGCCGUGGAAGCUCGAGGGCCUCGAUGUCGGCCUGCUCACCAGCUUGAAGCGGAGCUACGACAGCUUGCGGGACGACAGCCUCCGGAGCUGCCUCUUGUACAGCUCUUUGUUCAGGGGAGAGCUGCUCAAGGAAUCGCUUGUGGAGUGCUUGAUAGGAGAAGGAUUCGUGAGUGAUUUUACAGCGGACGACAUGGAUAAUCUCUACAACAAAGGUCAUUACAUGCUUGGCAUUCUGGUGACCUCCUCUUUGCUCGAAGCAGGCGGUGACUACCAUCAUGUCAAGAUGCACCCGAUGGUGCGUGCCAUGGCCUUAUGGGCGGCUACGGACUGCGGCAAGAUGCAGGACAGAUGGCUAGUCCGAACAGGUCUCCAGACAAGUGCAACACCCCGGGCCGAGAAAUGGACCAACGCGGAGAGGGUAUCGUUGACGCGCACUGAUAUCCACGAGCUGAACGAGGCACCGACAUGCUCGAUUCUGAAAACAUUGCUUCUCCAGAGUAACCGGUUUCUAGGGAGGAUAUGCCACGGUUUCUUUGCCUCCAUGCCUUGCCUCAGGUUGUUGGACUUGUCGGAUACUCAGCUCGCCGCAUUGCCAUCCGAAAUCAACCUGCUUGUCACCCUGCAUUAUCUCUGUCUCAACAACACAAUCAUCCGUUCCCUUCCAGACGGGAUCGGGGCUCUGGUGAAUUUGCGGUUCCUUUUGCUGUCCAAAGUGCCCGUCCAGAAUAUUGCCGCCGGCGUGCUCAACCCACUUACUGCUUUGCAAGUCCUGUGUAUGGAUCGCUGCUACAGCAGCUGGAUCGACGUCGACAGCCGUGAGGUUGAAUCGGGCAGCUCAAGGAAAAAAAUUAGGAGGCAACCCAGGGAAGGCGUCAAUCUGCGUGAACUAGAGAGCCUGAAGAGCUUGCAUAUACUUGACAUAGCUGUGCAAACAUUCUACUCCCUGGAGAAGCUGUCUCUGUCUCCCCAUCUUGCAGGGCACUUGCGGAAUCUGCACAUAGAGGACUGCGGCGAAUUGCGGACGCUCCUGUUUUCGCCUUCAAGCCUCUGGGAGUACAUGAGUAAAUUGAAGGGCAUCAACAUUACCGGUUGCUGCAAUCUGGAGAAGGUGCUCGUUGUUGGAGGUGAAUAUAGCGGCCAGCAGCUCAGUUCAUCUGAUUCAGUCGUCAAUAUGAAACGUUUAGAGGUGCCUACUGAGCCCGUGGACAUUGACAACUUGUUUCGUUCAAUUACCGUGAGCAAUACAAAUAAGGCUAUCCGUGCGAAGAGCUUAGAGCGUGCAAAACCAGUGACACUGUUGCCUUCUCUCCAAAGUAUUAUCCUUCACGACCUACCCAAGGCGAAGAUCGUCUGGCAGGGUGGCAACCUCGAGCAUCUAUGUUCCUUGACCAUUUCAUCUUGCAGCAGUUUUGAGCAGCUUUUGUACUUAAUCGAAGAUAAAAGGAUGCCUGGUGAAGAAGCGUCCAGGCAACAGUCGCUUACUAAAUCUAUCUUUCCGAAUCUUAAGGAGCUAGAGCUGCAAGACUUGCCAAACAUGAAGAGCAUAAGUCCACAACAUAUCACAAUAGAUUUCCCAAAUCUGGAGAAACUCAAAGUUGUUAGAUGCAGUAAGCUCAAGAAGCUCAAGCUGGUGGCUGGAUCCCUGAGAGAACUCCGAUGUGAACAGUCGUGGUGGAACAUGCUCGAAUGGGACAAUGAGAACCAUAAAUCCGCCUUCUCGCCUUCAGUGAAAAGCUUACACUGAUUAUAUCUAAUAAGUUGUAAUGAUUCUCACCGUCAGCAUGCUUUGUCAUCGGUGAAGAAAUUAUAUCAUCCACCAAUAGAUUCACGACUAGAUGGCCCGUAGUAAUCUUUUUGUUUCUUUGUUUUUCUUUUGCUACACUUUGUUAACCUCGUUUUUCUUUUAUUAAUAUAUAGCCAGUAGGGGAACUAUCCUCCUGUUU